CCAAUUUCCCUAGAGGAAAUCACCAAGGCAAUCGCUAACCUGCCAGCCCAUAAAUCCCCAUGUCCUGGCGGUCUCUCCAUCCGUUACUACAAAGAGUUCUCCCAGAUAUUAUCCCCGCACUUAUUGUCCCUCUAUAAUCACAGUAUACACAGGAGAGCACAGCCUGCCGAAAUGCUGAUGGCCCACAUCUCCACUCUACCAAAGCCUGGCAAACCACAAAACCUACGCAAAAAUUUCAGACCCUUUUCUCUCCUCAAUGCAGACGCCAAGUUAUAUGCCAAACAGUUCAGCAAUCAGCUUGCCCCGAUCCUAAGAAAACUGGUUCAUAAUGACAAGUCGGGCUUCAUUAAAGGCCACCAAGGCUCAGACAACACAUGGAAAAUCCUCAAUGUGCUGGCCAUGGAGCGGGGUUCUGUCUGA